CACGAAGUAUGAACUCGGAGUACUAGUGUGUGCUUGUGACUGGCUGAUAUUAAUUAUUUCGACAGCAAAGUUGGGAAAUAAAGUUACACAAAUAGUACAGUGCAAACUUGGUAUUACUUGAAACGUGUGGAGCAAUCUACUUACCUGUGUGGAGCAAUCGAAUUAUCUGUACUUUCGUUUUCGACUAUGGAGCUCGAAGACGAACAUGGUCACGAGCUAGCCAAAGUUUGUGCCGCCCUAGACGAACUUACUUUAAAGCAAGUGGAUCUGGUAGAUGAACAGCUUGUUCUUAUGUCAAAACUUGGUAGUCUUAUGAUUUGUGGUUUCAUCGACAUGGCCAAAAGUCGCUAUAUCAGUGGAGAGAAAACUGUGUCUGCCACACAGAUCCCAGGAGAGGAUAGUGUUAUAGAAGCUGUUACCACUGUUGAUCGUGACAAUGAGAACAAACUGACCCUCUCAAGAAACAAAGAAGUCAAUGACCCCAUCAAAUGGUUUGGUGUGUUGGUUCCUGGCUCCUUAAAACAGAGUCAACAAGCAUUCCAAAAUGUUUUAAACAUUGGUGUAGAAAUUGUCAACAUUCGAAGAGAAUGGGUAAAGUCAAUGUCUGUGUUGGAGCAAGAGCGCAAAACACUUCGUAGUUUAAAGAGCUCCACAUAAACAAUAGCCCAAUAGCCAAUUGUAGCCAAGCAUUAUUUUUGAUUUAUCUUAAAAGAUAUGAAAAUAUAUAUUAAAUGACA